UAAUUAUUCAUACAGACCCAGUCAGUAUGUUGUUGUUGACCCUAUCCUAUGCAUUGGACUGCCACCAUUGUCUCAUAAGUCAUAACAUUUAAAUACUACAAAGUAAUACCACACAAAACGAAGAUUUGAAAGGUUGGUGUACGCAACUUAGCUCAUGGAAGUCAAACAUCGUAUAGCAUCCAGUACGGCCGAGUCCACGCUCUCGAGUGAUGAAAAAGUUGAAACUCGUGAAGUGGAAAAUACGAGCCCGCUUGUUGUAGUCGCUUUUUCUGACAGUUGUCUUGAUGAAACGAAACAAUGGCUUCAAGAUAUGUUUUCAUCACCAGCACCACAAGGAGCAGGACUACAAGUUAAAGUUGUGUUCGAAAAGAUUCAAAGAAAACAUUUCAUAUAACGGCGAUGGCGGAACGUUUCAUCGUUGGAGCGGAGGAAUUGAAAAUCAAGAAACGCGAUAAGAACAACAAACUUCAAAAUGUCACGAGAGAAAACUGGAAAGAAUUACAGGAAACAUGUGAAAACAGCAACUUGUGCUUGCUUAACUCUUCAGAGAAACAGCAAAUCAUAAUGGCUGCUUUAAAUAGCUUAAGAUCACGUGAUGAUAUGGCAAUACCUGGUUGUCCUGAUAAAAAACUACACAACGGACAGGCGAUUAUUCCUUUGGUACUAGCGUACGGCUUAAUCACCCAAAUCGUUCCUUUGCACGAAAGAAGUGAACUAAGUAAAUUGAAGAAGAAAUGGUACACAUCAUUUCAAUGGAAGCAACCUUUAGACGAAAUUAAAAGUUAUUUUGGCUCGACAAUCGCGAUAUAUUUUGCUUUCUUGGAGUAUUACACGUUCGCACUAAUACCGUUGGUUGUUCUAGUUUUUAUUUUCUCAUUCAUUACUUUGGACGAGAUCUGGUCCAACAUCAUCUUCGCUCUCAUCAACGUAUUGUGGGGAACACUGUUCCUGGAAUUUUGGAAAAGAAAUUGUGCCACUUUAACACACAGCUGGGGAACUCUCAAACUUAGUUUAGCCGAAGAGACGGAAGAGGAUCCAAGACCGUUAUUCACAGGUGAAACGCGAAAAAAUCCCAUCACGGGCAAGAAGGAGAUACAUUAUCCACCAAAUCAUCGCUAUCUUAAGAUCUGCUGUGUCUCCGUUCCUGUUGUCAUGUUUUGUAUCUACAUUGCCCUCACGGUUAUGUCCACGUAUAUACGAAUACAGGAAAAUUUGAAUGAAACAUACGAGAAGAAGAAUGGAGUUACAGCAACAUUUAUGACAACAAUGCCUAGUGUUGUUUAUACUGUUGUCAUACUUGUUCUCAACAACUUGUUUCUCAGGACUGCCACGAAACUAAAUGAUUGGGAAAACCACAAACUGGAAUCAUCUUACCAGAACCAUCUUGUUCUUAAAAUAAUUUCAUUCUACUUCAUCAAUAAUUUCUAUUCAUUAUUCUACAUUGCAUUCGUACUUGGCGAUAUGGACUUGCUAAGAAACCAUUUAGCAGCGCUGAUGAUUACCUCUCAAUUGACUGGUCAAGUUACAGAACAACUGAUGCCAUUCAUUUUAUACAAAUCUCGCUCAACGAAACUGGAUAUGGAUAGCAAGACAUUGGGAUUGUUUGGCAAGAGUGAUGACGAUAUUGAAUAUCAAAUGAAACAAGAACCAUACUGGGGUGUAUUUUGGGAUUACUUGGAAUUAUUUCUCCAGUUUGGUUUUGUCUUUCUCUUUUCCUCUGUUUAUCCAAUGGCUGCAUUCUGGGCACUUUUCAACAAUAUUUGUGAGCUUCGCACGGAUGCGUUUAAAAUCAGCAAGAUCUCACAGAGAAUUUUCGUACAACCUUCCCAGGGAAUUGGGUCGUGGCAGACGGCGUUUGAGAUAAUGGGCAUACUAGCUGUUAUAACAAAUUGUGCCUUAUUGGGAAUGUCACCUACAGUACAAAAAUGGUUCCCACCAGAAUACACAACAUUGCAAAAGAUAUUAGUGUUUGUGGCUUUUGAGCACGUGUUAUUGGGCAUAAAAUUUUUGAUCGCAGUUUUAAUACCUGACGUACCCGGAUGGAUUAAGGAGGAAUUUGCCAAAAAAGAGUACGAACGCAAACAAGCUUUAAUUAAUAUGAAAGGAGACAAGUAAAUACGGUAAUACUUUGGAAAAUACAAGUAAUGGGGCAGAGGAGGACGGCGAAACUUCCUUAGUACUGAAGUAGUUAAUGUAUGACUUGUAAAUCAUUUCACAGGAACGUUAUUACAAUACUUUUAUUACUUUGGGACUUCUGGUUUUGGAACUGUUUAUUUUCAAGUUGCAUGUACCGAACACGGCUUCGUGCUCGUCUUUAUCUUCAUUUUUCCCGAUGUAUACAGUAAAUUUUGUUAAAAAAUGAUAAACUUGAUAAAGUCGAA